UCUAGGUUUGUGUGCCUCCUCUGGUCCUGAGGGAGUGCUUUGUCGUGCUAAACCCUAUCCGGUUUAGCACUGACAAGUUGGCUGCAAUGGAUCGCAUUGUUCCAUCCAACCUUGACGUCCCCAUGGGGAAUCGCUCAAAGAAACGGAAGGUGGCACAUGGAACCACGGCUGUGGUCUCCAAAGGAAAGAAGGCCCGCCUUGAGGCACUUCAAACUCCAGCAAGGAUUGCCAAACCUUCGAAGCUGGUACCUCCCCCUCGACCUGUUCCAGAAGCUGCUGUACCAGCUACUCUGGAGGGCGUACCUCCUCCUCGACCUGUUCCAGAAGCUGCUGUGCCAGCCACUCUGGAGGGCAGCGUCUUUGUGCAUUCGAGCAAGGAAAUUUGCAUACAACAUGUAAUGAUUAAACACAUUCAGUGA